AGUUACGCCCCUUGGAUUAGCUGCAUUCAAAAUGGCUGCCUUUUCAAGGGCAGGACUGAAUGUCGGUCGGCAAAUACUAUGUCGGACACUUUCAACCACACCAAAAGCCCUGGGAUCUCAGUCGCAUGUGGAUGAGAAAACACACACAGGACAGGUAUGGGAAAAGGGAGACUACCGACGUGUGAGAUUUCUUGACAAGGACAAGAUGGUGAACAAGCAGUUUGCUGUGAACCUGAUAGCCGACGACCCUGUAGUGGUGGUUGAGGCCCGCAAUGUGUGGAGCGACAGUGGUGGAGCACUGGGACACCCCAAGGUCUACAUCAAUCUGGAUAAGAAUGAAUUUGGCGUUUGCGGUUACUCAGGAAGGAAGUUUAUCCAGAAGAAAUUUUAUGAUCCGGCAAAGCAUGGGCCCAGUAUAACAUAUGCUGAGUACCUGGCCGAGAUGCGGCCCAAGCAGUGACUAGUGUGUGUGUGACUAUAGGGAAGACUUCUUCCUGUAUGUGAAUAUUGUGUGUAGAUGAACACAUUGAUGUCCUCUCCUUGGGUGGAGCAAAUAAAACAAGUGUUAAGGAC